UUAUAAUCUGAAAUUUUCAGAAGAGGUUUCCCCUGUACAAAAGCUAAAAACUCCUGUUGCCAUUAUGUUAACAAAUCGGAAAAACAACGGCUAAAAUAAACGAGGUAAUUGUUACCUCGCUAUCCCUAAAUCUGUAAUAAAGGUUUACCCCGCGUUUUUAUUUUUUUUUUGAUUAUUACGAAUAGGGUGAGCUGAACUGCAUGUACUGAAAUGUGUAUAGUAUUUUGAGAACGUAAGUAAGAAUUCCGACAGUAAUAGGUUAGAAUUCGGACAGUAAUAAGUUAAAAUUCGGACAGUAAUAAGUUAGAAUUCGGACAGUAAUAAGUUAGAAUACGGACAGUUAGCAUUCUAUGAGAAACAUAGUUACGCCUCCUCCUCCAGGCGGAAUCACGUAGUGAAACAAUACAUCAAGCAAGCAGAAAGGUCUGGAAACUAGUGAAGUUUUUUAAUCUUUCCAUCUUUAAACUAAUCAUGCAUUACAAACAGAUAUGAAAGGCGACCAAUAAUUAAUAAUUUUUAUUUCAAAGAAAAUUCGUCAAAUCGUUGGACGCAAAAUUCUUGGUCCGAAAAUGGACCAGGGAUUACUCAGGACGUUGGUCCUGUUGUUAAGUUACAUUUACUUGGGAAAUGGUGAUCCUUACGAGUAUUCGACAUGUGCGAAACCGGAAAGCGAAGAAGAACGCGAAGCUGAUACAUUCUUUCAAUUCAAAGUUUAUGGAUUGAAUAAUUAUGAUAAAUUCAAUUUCGAAGAUUAUAAAGGAAGAGUCUUCUUCGCCGUCAACGUAGCAAGCUUUUGAGGGUACACCCCACAAUAUCGAAAAUUGAACGAACUGCAAGAAAAAUACGGUCCAGAAUAUGCAAAGAAUAACCAUCCAAACCAUCCACAUUGCCAUUUGCAAAUAUUUGGUUUCCCGUGCAACCAAUUUGGUUACCAGGAACCGGCUGAGAACUUUGAAUUAAUGAAUUGUUUAAAGUACGUGCGUCCAGGCUUUGGUUUUGUUCCAAAUUUUCCACUGUCAGGAAAGCUCAAAGUAAAUGGACACGAAGAAUCACCAGUGUUCACAUUUCUAAAGAGUCGAUGCCCAGCACCUAUGGGUUUGAUUGCCAACCGUACCGAUAUAACAUGGACUCCUAUUCGUAAUAAUGAUAUCUCGUGGAACUUUGCAAAAUGGUUGGUUUCUUCAAAUGGGCAUCCAUACAAAAGAUUCACAUCUCGAACCACGCCAGCUAUGGUUGAAGAUGAUAUACUUCAGUUAUUGGAAGAAUGUGUAGGCGGGGAUAGUAUGCAAGGGAAUGGAACCACGCAGGGACAAGGGAAUAAUGGCCAAGGAGUUGGUACGGGACCGCAGAAUAAUAGCCAAGGAACAGAAAACAAUGGUUCUUCUCAAACUGUGGUUGAACAAUCUACACUUAAAAUUCCUGCUCAGCAACAAAAUGAACCCAACGUAAAUGUGAACAGAAAACAAAAAAGGCAUGUGCAUUCCACACAUGACCUUUUCUUUUAGAAACAUAAAGUGACUUAUUGUUUAUAUAUAUUUACACGAUAAACAAAAAUAAAAAAAUGCUAUAUCAGCAUGUGCACACCGCCCAUUAAAGGCGUUCUUUUGCACGCACACUUCAGCGUGUGUGCAACGCCCAAUUAAUGGUGUUGCACACGUUAACAUUUGCGCCAACGUACGAACGCUUCAAGCGUAUAGGAAAAUGGAGAGGAACAAAAGGUUUUGAUGGAAAAGUCGUAUGAUUGGUUUUAACGCAAACUGCAUGCUACGUGGCAGAUGUUAAAGCCAUGAUGUUAGAGAUGAAGAUUUGGUUGAUGCAGGCGUUCUUUGCAGUUCGUUCAACCUGUGUAAACCAAAUUUUUCAUCCACAUAACUUUUUCAGAUGAAUAUAAAAUAUUCUUCUUAAGAA